GCGGAAUUUCUCCCGCAGGUGGCCGAACAUGUUUUGCGGCUGGGACACGUCGCGAGGCCAGAGAUGGCGGUGGUUUAUGCGGCUGGGAUGCGCCUCUCCCCACGAAGCUUGAUCCGGCCGAAGGACUGGCCCAGGUCGUGAGGCUGCCCCGGCCCGCACCUGCGCAGGCGGGCAGGCGAAAGUGCAGCAUCUACCCACAAACCACAACAUCAACAAAAUCUACCCGAUAACGAGCGCGCUAUCGACGAGCUGUUGGUGGGCCCGGUGGGGGUCGCCGGCGCCCGUCGGCCAUGGUCGACGUGCCGGCGCAGCUGCAGGAGCUGGAGGACGUCGCGGCGUUGUCCUUCCAGCGGGACCCGACGAAGAUCGUGCGCACGGAGUUCCCGAAGAUCGCGAACCGGGCGCUGGUGAAGCGCGAGUCCCACGACGCGUCCGUGAAGAAGUUCACGGCGGAGCUGAAUUUGAUCAGCGACGAGAUCGAGGCCAUGGUGCUCCAGGCGUCCUUCAGCCUCAAGGCCCAGCUCGAGAAGGCCGACGGCGACGUCGGCGCCAUCUUCGCGGAGAUGAACCGCGACGAGCUGCUGGUGACCAAGGAGGCCGCGUACCUCGGCGAGUCCUGGGACGGCAUCGACGGCUUCCUCCAGGCGCGCCACGCGUCGAUCCGCGCCUUCGGGGCGACGCUGGAGCAGCUCGAGCGGGACCGCGCGGACCGCGCGGGCCGCGAGCUCCGGACGCUCGUCGACCGGCUGCUGAAGAUCGCGUACAAGUCGCCGGGGGAGAUCGAGCGUUUGGUCGAGGCCGAGGCCUUCGAGCUGAACACGGUGAUCAUCGCGAACCGGCGGAGCCACGCGGAGCUCCUGGCCAUGCUCGAGCGGAAGGACGUCGGCGUCGGCCUCGUCGCCAUCGAGUCGUGGCGGCGGCGCCAGGAGGCCUGGCGGCGCCUGCGCCACGACCGCGCCGUCGCCGAGUUCCAGGCCGAGCUCGACGGGGCGACCUUCACGAACCCGCCGGAGCGCGGGGACCUGUUCGAGCGCAUCAAGGCGCGCCAGGUCGACGUCGACGCGCGCCGGUCCGCGAUCCUGGACGGCGUCAAGGCCAUGAAGUGCCCGACGCUCGAGUCCGGCGAGGUCACGGCGUCCAAGGCCCUCUUCAAGGAGAUCUACGAGGCCGAGGACGAGGCCAUCGCGCGCCACGAGGCCGAGCUCGAGACGCUGCGCGAGGCGAAGCGCGUCGAGGCCGAGGCGCGGCGCGAGGCGCUGAGGGCGGAGCUCCACCGCUACGGCGCUCUGGAGGACGAGCCGGACCUCGAGAGCCACGCGCGGGCCAUCGAGGCCGUGACCCACGACGCGAACCUGGAGGCGCUGUUCCGCUCCGCGGGCGGGCUGAAGCUCGAGCUCCGGGAGCUCGUCGCGGAGCUCCGGCACCCGGACCUCAUCUACGAGCGCGCGCUCGGCGAGGCCCAGCGGCGCCUCGAGGUGCUGCUCUGCGGGAGCGGCCUCCAGGCCGUGCUCGAGAAGCAGGGCAAGAGCCAGCAGCAGAAGUCGAUCCAAGACACGCUCGAGCGGCUCCGCAAGGCCGCGCGCGCGGAGGUCGUGCCGCUGCUGCCGCUCCUGGAGCAGCAGCUCACGGAGCUGGUGGCCGUCGCCGGGCUCGACGAGCUGCUCGUGGAGCAGCUCCGCCAGGGCGCCGAGGACCUGCGGACGAUCACGAAGGACCUCGACUACCGGUCGGGCACGCGCGGCUCGAAGGCGUCCGGCGCCACGGGCCGCUCCAAGGGCAGCAACAAGAGCGGCAAGUCGCCGUCGCGGAGCGGCGCGUCGACGGCGCGGAGCGGCGCGAGCCGCGGCGGGCUGAGCUCCGCGGGCACGGGCGCGGGCGGCCUCGACGGCCCGGAGGUGAACAUGCUCGAGGUGCGGUCCAUCCAGAAGCGCGUCGCCAUGCACGUCCACGCCUGCGAGCUCGACCCGUCCUUCCUCGAGGACCUGCGGGAGACGCUCGGCGCGCUCCGGAAGAAGCGGACGUGCAACGAGAAGAUCGACGAGGUCGUCUCCGCGGAGUGCGAGGCCAUCAUCGCUUUACGCGUCGAGGAGCAGAAGGCGUUGGCCCACCACAUCGUCGUCUACCUCGAGCACCAGGCGUCCGACGUCUACGAGACGGCCUGCCGCGUCUGCGACUUCUACGUCAAGGUCGCCAAGGCCAUCGAGGAGAACCACCAGAAGGAGCACGACAUGGACGAGUCCAUGCUCGACGAGCUCUUCGACUUGAAGGAGGCGCUGCGCGAGAAGGACGCGGACCUCGAGGCGCGCGUCUCGGCGUCGAGCGACCGCCUCCGCCACGCCGCGGACGACGGCGAGCUCGAGGCCGCGUUCGCGUCCGUGCUCGACCUCCUGAACCAGAUCGAGGACAAGUACCGCGCGUACCACGGCGAGGCGACGGCCAAGUCGCUGACGCACCCGACGCACGCGCGCGCGGAGCAGGACCGCUUCGAGGGCAUGCUCUGCGCCAUGCUCGGGCUCGCCGCGCGGAGCGACCGCGCGUCCGUCGCGCGCCGCGCGUCCGCCAAGGCCCAGGCCAAGGGCCGCCGGGGCGACGUCUACGCCGUGUCCGAGGGCCGGUCCUACGACGUCAAGCUGCCCCUCCCGAAGCUCGUCGACGAGCUGCUCACCGCGGGCAAGGAGAAGGACGCGGCCGACGACGCGCCCGCGGCGGUCGCGGAGCCCGCGGCGGGCGACGAGGCCGCGGGCGACGGCGACGCCGGCGGCCUCUGGGCACCGGGCUUCGCGCCCAUGCCCGAGGAGGAGCUCGCGCUCCUCGAGGGGAAGAAGCGCGAGGCCUACCUCGACGCGCGCGACGCCGCGUUCCGCGUUUUGUCGCCCGAGCAGGUCGAGGACCUGCCCGCGGACGAGCGCGAGGCCUACGAGGCGCUGGCCCCGGUCAUCGACGCCCGGAGGACGGAGCGCGCCGCGGAGAAGAAGGCCCUGGCGGAGCGGCGCGCGCGCGAGCGCGCGGAGAUGACGGAGGCGCCCGUGGACCGCGAGGGCGCGCGGUGCGUCGUCCAGGUCGAGCUGCCCGCGGCGCGCCUCGUGGCCAUGAUCGCGGAUUUGAGGGAUUCCGUCGUCGGCGACAUGGAGGCGCGCGCCGUCGAGCGCGCGCGGAAGAUCGACGGGUUGGCCCAGCACCGGUUGCAGGAGUACACGGAGGAGCUCGAGGAGCGCCUGCGGACGCACUGGCCCCGGAAGGGCCGGUCCGAGGUGUCCUUCCGCCAGCCCCGCGAGGGCGAGCUCAUCAUGCACCGCCAGCGCAAGGAGCGGCACAUGCGCAUCAUCCAGCAGCGGGACCGCCUCCAGACCGCGGACUGCCUCGCCGCGCUCGCGGACGCCGAGGCCAAGGUCGCGGCGUUCUCGACGAGUUUGGCGGCGUUGGAGGCGAGCCUGGGGUCCAUGGGGUCGCUGGCGGGGCUCCAGGGCGUCGAGUCCAAGUGCAAGAAGCUCGCGUCGACCUUCGGCGUCGAGUGCGCCAAGGAGCUCCAGGCGCUCGAGCACUACACGGUCACGGAGCCCCACAAGCUCGUCCAGCUCAACGAGGUCAUGCUCAAGGCGACGCGGCUCUUCUCCGACGGCGGCGACUACAGCGAGAAGGAGGCCGAGGAGCUCACGGAGAAGCUCGACAGCCUGCGGGCGGGCAUCGAGCAGAGCGUCGCGGCGCGCGCCGAGAAGCUCGCGGCGCUGCAGGACCUCCAGCGCGAGGCGCUCACGGGCCUCGUUGGCUUCCAGCGCGAGGCCGAGGCCUGCCUCCAGGAGCUCUCGCUGCGCGAGGGCCUGGGCAUGAAGUACGGCGCGCCGCGGCGCAACGCGCAGGAGAAGUUAAGGACGGAGCAGACGCGCGACGAGGCCGACGCCGCGCACCUCGACGCGCUCCUCGAGGCCCUCGAGCGCGCGUGCCGCGACGUCCGCGACGCGUCCCAGGGCGCGCCGGAGGCCGCGGACCCGGACGCGCCGCCCGCGCCGCCCCUGAGCCGCGUCAUUUUGGAUAUUUUGGACGCGAUCCGCAAGCACGCGUACCACCGCGCGACGUACCUCAACUUUUUGCCGAAGCCGGAGUCGAUCGACGCGGAGCUCCCGGACCACGGCGCGGGCGACGACGAGGGCGAGGCGCCGCACGGGCCCGAGCACGCGGAGCUCCUGGGAGGCCGCGACGCGCGCGAGGGCACGAUCGCGGCCGUCGUCCGCGACGUCGAGGCGCGGUGCCGCGAGGAGACGCACGAGCUCUACGUCCGCGAGGGCAAGGAGGACCGGCUCGGCCCGUCCGGCGUCCCCGACUCGCUCCAGGCCUGGCUCUCCGAGAGCGAGAAGAAGGUGUUGGGCGAGGGCGGCUACCGCGAGAAGGCCGCGCGCCGGCUCCGGGUCCAGGUCCAGCGCCUCGAGCGCCUCGUCGCGAAAGCGCCCGUGCCCCCGGACCCGGACGUGCUCGGCGCGCCCGCGGCCGUCGUCGCGGACGCGGCGGCGCGGACCAGGCGCGAGGCCGUCGCGCGCCGCGAGGACACGGAGGCGGCCUUCCAGCGCAAGCUCCGGCUCUGGGUCGACGCGCGCGACGCGCACCGCGGCGCUCUGCGGCCCCAGCUCGGCCGGCCCGACGCCGCCGAGGACCUGCGGCGCCUCUGCGCGGACGAGUCCGCGCGGCGCGACGAGGUGCUCGCGGCCAUCGACGCCGUGCAGACGCGCGUCGUCGACGAGCAGUCGGCCAUGGCGCGCGUCUUCGUGCGGCGCCUCUUCGCGUGCUGCCGGCGCACGAUGGCCAUCCUCGACAACCUGAUCAUGGUCGACGACCUGGGCUGGCUCCCGGGCGACGAGUUCCUGGAGAAGAAGCGCAAGUCGCUGAAGCGGCUCAAGAAGGCGCACCGCCUCUCGCAGCUGAGCGACGACGUCCAGCCCGAGGUGUUGGACGAGACGGGCCUCAAGUUCGGCGACGGCCGCGGCCGCGCGUUCGCGCGGCGCGACUGGCCGGGCCUCGACGUGUCGGCCAUGGCCGCCGUCGUGCCCGCGCCGCCGCCCGACGACGCGCCCGCGGCGAGCCCCCGGUCCGACGCGUCCAAGUCGCCGCGCGGCAAGAAGGCGUCGCCGCGCGGCUCCGACGCGGGCUCGCCCCGGUCCCAGGCGUCGGGCGACGGCGACAAGCCCCUCGAGGACACGUGGGCCGCGCUCACGGAGGCCAUGUCGCACACGCAGACCGCCGCCGUCACGACGGCGCACCGCGUCUUCGUCAAGGCCCGGGACCACUCCUUCGCGGACUACCUCGACUACUACAAGUCCAACAUGGCCAACGUCCUCCAGCACUACGGCGCCAUCAAGGGCGAGGAGAUCGGCUGGCAGGGCAAGUGGGAGAAGCUCGUCAAGGGGCUCGUCGUCGAAAUGCUCAAAAAAAAAAAAGUCAACUUCGACGACGACGAGUCGUUAGGCACGUCCGACGACGAGGAGCCGCUGUUCUGCGACCAAAACUUCGAGGACGUGGAGCUCGAGGUCGUCGUCGCGGGCCCGGCGUUCGUCGGCCGCCGAGGGUUUCGGAUUCGGACGUCCGUCGCGGGCGACCUCCAGGAGUGCGAGCUCGUCGGCCUCAAGUCCGUGCUCUUCGUGCAGACCAUGUGGUCGCAAACGCUCCUCGCGUCGCUCGGCGAGACGGUCUCGCAGCACGGCGCGAGCUUCGCGGAGUGCGUCCUCGAGACCGACGACCUCGGCGUGUCCCGCGUCCGCGCGGUCGCCAAGAAGCAGGCGACGCGCGCCCCGCUGACGAAGCUCGAGCUCGCGGCCCUGGUGUACGACCUCAAGGAGGCCAUCGCCGAGUUCAAGCCCACGCCGCUGCCCGCGGCGUCGCUCGAGGAGACGCUCGGCCUCGCCUCGCGGUGACGCCGAACCCGGUGUCGCCGGAGGAAAUGAACCGCGUCCCCUGAAGCCGCGGGAGUCCGUCGAUGUGCAUAGCCCGCCCCCCCCGUGAAUCGUGUGUAAAUCAUAUAUGUUUGU